CUAAAGUCUAAACUAGGGUUUGUAAUCCAUUUCGACCAGUUCACUCUAUCUCACCCCACAUCACUAUGACUCUCUGUCGCUUCCUCCUCCGUUCUCUACGCCGCUCCACCAUCACCAAGACCACAACAACAACAACUACAACCGCCUCCACCUUAGCUAUUCACCACCAUGACAGCCCGAAUCUUCACUACCAAAACCCGAACUUUCUAUUGCCAAUCCGAUCCUUCGCUUUCUCAUCCGCAGAAGAGGCCGCCGCAGAACGUCGUCGCCGGAAACGCCGCCUCCGCAUCGAGCCACCACUCGGCGCCCUCCGCCGUGACCCCUCCGCUCCGCGGCCACCUCGCGACCCGAACGCUCCCCGCCUCCCUGACUCCACCUCAGCCCUUGUUGGCCCUCGGCUCAACCUCCACAACCGCGUUCAAUCCCUAAUCCGCGCUGGCGAUCUCGACGCCGCCUCGGCGUUGGCCCGUCAAUCCGUCUUCUCUAACACUCGCCCCACCGUCUUCACUUGCAACGCCAUCAUAGCCGCCAUGUACCGAGCCAAACGCUACGGAGAUGCGAAAGCCCUAUUCCAUUACUUCUUCAGACAGUCCAAUAUCGUCCCCAAUGUUGUCUCCUACAAUAAUCUAAUCAACGCCCAUUGCGAUGAAGGCGAAGUCGAUGAGGGCCUCAAAUUCUACCGACACAUUAUCGAAAACGCCCCUUUCAGCCCUUCCCCUGUGACGUAUCGCCACCUCACAAAAGGCUUAAUAGAAACUAAUCGAAUUGGGGAAGCCGUGGAUUUACUCAGAGAAAUGUUGAACAAGGGUCAUGGGGCCGAUUCGUUAGUUUAUAACAAUUUGAUUUCUGGGUUUUUGAAUCUUGAGAAUUUAGAUAAGGCUAAUGAGCUGUUUGAUGAAUUGAAAGAGAGGUGCUCGGUUUACGAUGGUGCUGUGAAUGCAACGUUUAUGGAUUGGUUUUUCAAUCGAGGGAGGGAGAAGGAGGCGAUGGAAUCGUAUAAGACUUUGAUGGAUAGGGGUUGGAGGAUGGUUCCGGCGACAUGCAAUGUGCUUUUGGAGUGUUUGCUUAGGAAUGGGAGGAAAACAGAAGCGUGGGCUUUGUUUGAUCACAUGUUGGAUGAUCAUACUCCACCAACGUUCAAUGCAGUCAAUUCGGAUACCAUUAAUAUGAUGGUGAACGAGACUUUUAAACUGGGAAAGGUUUCAGAGGUCAUGGAUGUGUUCAGGAAGGCGGGUAAGACUGCAAAGUCGAAGCCUUUUGCUAUGGAUGUUGCAGGGUACAAUAAUAUCAUUACGAGGUUUUGUGAGCUUGAGAUGAUGGAGGAGGCGGAGAAGAUGUUUGUGGAAUUAACAAGCAAGUCAUUGAACCCCGAUGUCACGACUUAUAGGACGUUGAUAGAUGCUUAUUUCAAAGUCGGCAGGGCUGAUGAUGCUUUGAAUAUAUAUACAAAGAUGGUGGAUGCGGGAUUGAGAGUUAUACCUCUUUAUGCAAACAAAUGGUUUGGUGAGUUGAUUGAGAAAGGUAAGGUUGUGGAGUGUGCACCGAUACUGACAAGAAUGGGCGAGAGAGAUCCCAAACCGGAUGUUAUAAGCUAUGAUAUGGUUAUUAGGGGUCUUUGCAAGGAAGGUAAUUUAGAGCUAAGUUAUGAUUUGCUUGGGCAGAUGAUGAGAUAUGGUGUUGGUGUUACUCCUGUGCUUCGUGAAUUCGUGACUGAUGUUUUUGGAAAAGAAGGGCGGCGUGAGGAGAUUGAGAGACUUUUAAAUGCCAGGUAUCCAGGUUAUGCUGCAUAUACGCCGCCAUCAAGACCCCCUUCAAUGGCAGGACAGAUAGCAGGACCCCCUCGAAUGGCAGGACAGUUUGCGGGACCUCAUGUGGCAGGACAGGCAGGACUGUGGGGAGGACAUUCUCAAGUGGCACAACAGGUAAGAGGACAGCCUCAAAUGGCAGGACAGGUAGCAGGACCGCAUCCAGUGGCAGGACAGGUAGCAGGACCGCAUCCAGUGGCAGGACAGGUAGCAGGACCGCAUCCAGUGGCAGGACAGGUAGCAGGACUGCAUCCAGUGGCAGGACCUUCUCAAAUGGCAGAACAGGUGGAUGGAGGACAUUUUCAAAUGACUGAGAAGUUAGGAGGACAGUCUCAAAUGACAGAACAAGUAGGAGGAUAUUCUCAAAUGGCAGGACAGGUUACAGGUUAUCCGCAAACAGAGUAUGCUGAGAGUCUCGUGGUCAUUUCACACAACUAUAAUCUUGAGGCAGAUUGUAAAAGAGUCACUGGUUAA